UGCAGUGUCACUUUGCAGUCGAUUUUGCAGUCCUCUUCGCAGCGACCUUCGCAGCGAUCUAGGAAUCAUGGCAUCCACGUUGGAACAGUUGAAAAAAUUCACCACUGUCGUCGCGGAUUCAGGCGAUUUUGAAACCAUCUCGCAGUACAAACCCACUGAUGCGACAACUAACCCAUCCCUGCUCUUGGCGGCUUCCAAAAUGCCGCAAUAUCACCAUUUGCUGGAAAAAGCAGUUCAGUACGGAAAAUCCAACGGAAGCACUCUGGAAGAGCAAGCAACUGCAGCAAUGGAUAAACUGUUUGUCUUGUUCGGACUUGAGAUACUGAAGAUUAUCCCAGGUCGUGUUUCAACUGAGGUUGAUGCCAGGUUGUCAUUUGAUGUGGAAGGUUCAAUUGAGAGAGCAAAGAAGUUUAUAAAGCUAUAUGAGGAAGCAGGAAUCAGCAAAGAAAGAAUCCUUAUUAAGCUCAGCACAACUUGGGAAGGAGUCCAAGCUGCUAAGACUCUUGAACAAGAAGGUAUUCACUGUAACAUGACCCUACUUUUCUCCUUUGCUCAGGCAGUAGCUUGUGCUGAAGCUGGGGUCACACUGAUCUCACCAUUUGUUGGACGUAUUCUGGAUUGGUAUGUCAAGAACACAGACCAGAAGCAAUUUCAACCAGCAGAUGAUCCAGGUGUCAAGAGUGUGACAGCAAUUUACAAUUACUACAAGAAAUUUGGUUACAAAACUGUUGUCAUGGGAGCAUCAUUCAGGAACACAGGGCAGAUAACUGAACUAGCUGGAUGUGAUCUUCUUACUAUUAGCCCUUCGCUGCUAGACAAACUAACAAAAUCAACAGAGACGAUUUCCCAGAAACUUUCAGUUGAAGAAGCUGCAAAACUUGACAUUGAGAAAGUUUCUCUGGACGAGAAGAAAUUCCGCUGGCUUCUGAAUGAAGAUCAAAUGGCAACGGAAAAGUUGGCCGAGGGUAUCAGAAAGUUUGCUGUGGAUGCUGUGAAACUCGAGGACAUGAUCAAAGCUGAACUCCAGAAAUAAACUUCUUGUCAAGAAGUGUGGAACCACAGUUGGGACAUGCAUACAAAGAACUCUUAGAUAUAAGCUUAUUAGCACUGACACAAUGUAAUCCUUGUAAACUGAAAACCGGUAUUUAAUAGAAAUAAUAUGCCUUGCAGAAGACAUCCAGAAAUAUGAAGGGACAUGUCAAAAGAUAACAUAACACUGACUCUAAUAUUUCCUGCCCUAGCUGAAACGUGGACUCCAUUUUUCUAUUUUAGGGGUCGAAUAGAUUAAAAUGUCUUUGGUCUAAAUUACUGGCAAAUUAACUGUCAGGCAGGGCAUUUCCAAAAUGUUUUUGCCUGUAUUUAAUGCAGUUUGGUAGUAGUGACAUUGGAGAUGAUUCUAGCCAAAACAAUGAAACUUUAGCUAAUAAAUUCCUUUUCUAUUUCAUAAAAA